ACGGGCGCCGCCAUUUUGUUUGGCUGGAGGGGAGCGCGGCGCUUUGGGGGAGGGGUCUCGUAGGCACCUCACCUGACCCUGCGGCUGAGCUGUCGCGGCUCCGGGGGGAGGUCUUCUACUCGGCUGGGGGCGCGGAACAAUGUAUAUAAAGCAGGUGAUUAUCCAAGGUUUUCGAAGUUACAGAGAUCAAACAAUUGUAGAUCCCUUCAGUUCAAAACAUAAUGUUAUUGUGGGCAGAAAUGGAUCUGGAAAAAGCAACUUUUUUUAUGCGAUUCAGUUUGUACUCAGUGAUGAGUUUAGUCAUCUUCGUCCAGAACAGCGAUUGGCAUUGUUGCAUGAGGGUACUGGUCCUCGUGUUAUCUCUGCUUUUGUGGAGAUUAUUUUUGAUAAUUCAGACAACCGAUUACCAAUCGAUAAAGAGGAAGUUUCACUUCGAAGAGUUAUUGGAGCCAAAAAGGAUCAGUAUUUCUUAGACAAGAAGAUGGUCACGAAAAAUGAUGUGAUGAACCUCCUUGAAAGUGCUGGUUUUUCUCGAAGCAAUCCUUAUUAUAUUGUUAAACAAGGAAAGAUCAACCAGAUGGCAACAGCACCAGAUUCUCAGAGACUAAAACUGUUAAGAGAAGUAGCUGGUACUAGAGUAUAUGAUGAACGAAAAGAGGAAAGCAUCUCCUUAAUGAAAGAAACAGAGGGCAAACGGGAAAAAAUCAAUGAGUUGUUAAAAUACAUUGAAGAGAGAUUGCAUACUUUAGAGGAAGAAAAGGAAGAACUAGCUCAGUAUCAGAAGUGGGAUAAAAUGAGACGAGCCCUGGAAUAUACUAUUUACAAUCAGGAACUAAACGAGACUCGUGCUAAACUUGAUGAGCUUUCUGCUAAGCGAGAGACUAGUGGAGAAAAAUCUAGACAAUUAAGAGAUGCCCAGCAGGAUGCAAGAGAUAAAAUGGAGGAUAUUGAGCGCCAAGUUAGAGAAUUGAAAACAAAAAUUUCAGCUAUGAAAGAAGAAAAAGAACAGCUCAGUGCCGAAAGACAAGAACAAAUUAAGCAGAGGACUAAGUUGGAACUUAAAGCCAAGGAUUUACAAGAUGAAUUGGCAGGCAAUAGUGAACAAAGGAAACGUUUAUUAAAAGAGAGGCAGAAGCUGCUUGAAAAAAUAGAAGAAAAACAGAAAGAACUGGCAGAGACAGAACCUAAAUUCAACAGUGUAAAAGAAAAAGAAGAACGAGGAAUUGCUAGAUUGGCUCAAGCUACCCAGGAAAGAACAGAUCUUUAUGCAAAGCAGGGUCGAGGAAGCCAGUUUACAUCCAAAGAAGAAAGAGAUAAGUGGAUUAAAAAGGAACUCAAGUCUUUAGAUCAGGCUAUUAAUGACAAGAAAAGACAGAUUGCUGCUAUACAUAAGGAUUUGGAGGACACUGAGGCAAAUAAAGAGAAAAAUCUGGAGCAAUAUAAUAAACUGGACCAGGAUCUUAAUGAAGUCAAAGCUCGAGUAGAAGAACUGGACAGAAAAUAUUAUGAAGUAAAAAAUAAGAAAGAUGAAUUACAAAGUGAAAGAAAUUACUUGUGGAGAGAGGAGAAUGCAGAACAGCAAGCACUUGCUGCUAAAAGAGAAGAUCUUGAAAAGAAGCAGCAACUUCUUAGAGCGGCAACAGGAAAGGCCAUUUUAAAUGGAAUAGACAGCAUAAACAAAGUGCUAGACCACUUUCGUCGAAAAGGAAUAAACCAGCAUGUUCAAAAUGGCUAUCAUGGCAUUGUGAUGAAUAACUUUGAGUGUGAGCCUGCUUUUUACACUUGCGUGGAAGUCACUGCUGGAAACAGGUUAUUUUAUCACAUUGUUGAUUCAGAUGAAGUCAGCACGAAGAUUUUAAUGGAGUUUAAUAAAAUGAAUCUUCCCGGAGAGGUCACAUUUCUGCCUCUUAACAAGUUAGAUGUCAGGGAUACUGCCUAUCCUGAAACCAAUGAUGCUAUUCCUAUGAUCAGUAAACUGAGGUACAAUCCCAGAUUUGACAAAGCUUUCAAACAUGUGUUUGGGAAGACACUCAUUUGUCGUAGCAUGGAAGUUUCAACUCAGCUGGCCCGUGCUUUCACUAUGGACUGCAUUACUUUGGAAGGUGACCAAGUCAGUCAUCGAGGUGCUCUAACUGGAGGUUAUUAUGACACAAGGAAGUCUCGACUUGAAUUACAAAAAGAUGUUAGAAAAGCAGAAGAAGAACUAGGUGAACUUGAAGCAAAGCUCAACGAAAACCUGCGCAGAAAUAUUGAAAGGAUUAAUAAUGAAAUUGAUCAGUUGAUGAACCAAAUGCAACAGAUUGAGACCCAGCAAAGGAAAUUCAAAGCAUCCAGAGACAGCAUAUUAUCAGAAAUGAAGAUGCUAAAAGAGAAGAGGCAGCAGUCAGAGAAAACCUUUAUGCCUAAGCAACGUAGCUUACAAAGUUUGGAGGCAAGUUUGCAUGCUAUGGAGUCUACCAGAGAGUCAUUGAAAGCAGAACUGGGAACUGAUUUGCUUUCUCAACUUAGUCUGGAAGAUCAGAAGAGAGUAGAUGCACUGAAUGAUGAAAUUCGUCAACUUCAACAGGAAAACAGACAGUUACUAAAUGAAAGAAUUAAAUUAGAAGGCAUUAUUACUCGAGUAGAGACUUAUCUCAAUGAGAAUCUGAGAAAACGCUUGGACCAAGUAGAACAGGAACUUAAUGAACUGAGAGAGACAGAAGGAGGUACUGUUCUUACUGCCACAACAUCAGAACUUGAAGCCAUCAAUAAAAGAGUAAAAGAUACUAUGGCACGAUCAGAAGAUUUGGACAAUUCUAUUGAUAAAACAGAAGCUGGAAUUAAGGAGCUUCAGAAGAGCAUGGAGCGCUGGAAAAAUAUGGAAAAAGAACAUAUGGAUGCUAUAAAUCAUGAUACUAAAGAACUGGAAAAGAUGACAAAUCGUCAAGGCAUGCUACUGAAGAAGAAAGAAGAAUGUAUGAAGAAAAUUCGAGAACUUGGAUCACUUCCCCAGGAAGCAUUUGAAAAGUACCAGACUCUGAGCCUCAAACAGUUAUUUCGAAAACUUGAACAGUGCAACACAGAAUUAAAGAAGUAUAGCCAUGUUAAUAAAAAAGCCUUGGAUCAGUUUGUAAAUUUCUCUGAGCAGAAAGAAAAGUUAAUAAAACGACAAGAAGAAUUAGAUAGGGGGUACAAAUCGAUCAUGGAACUGAUGAAUGUACUCGAACUUCGAAAAUAUGAAGCUAUUCAGUUAACUUUCAAACAGGUAUCCAAGAACUUCAGUGAAGUAUUUCAGAAGUUAGUACCUGGAGGCAAAGCUACUUUGGUGAUGAAGAAAGGAGAUGUGGAGGGCAGUCAGUCUCAGGAUGAAGGAGAAGGGAGUGGUGAAAGUGAGAGGGGUUCUGGCUCACAAAGCAGUGUCCCAUCAGUUGAUCAGUUCACUGGAGUUGGAAUUAGGGUUUCAUUUACAGGAAAACAAGGUGAAAUGAGAGAAAUGCAGCAGCUUUCAGGUGGACAGAAAUCCUUAGUAGCCCUUGCUCUGAUUUUUGCCAUUCAGAAGUGUGACCCAGCUCCUUUUUACUUGUUUGAUGAGAUUGACCAGGCUUUGGAUGCUCAGCACCGAAAGGCUGUGUCAGAUAUGAUCAUGGAACUUGCUGUACAUGCUCAAUUUAUUACAACUACUUUUAGGCCUGAACUGCUUGAGUCAGCUGACAAGUUCUAUGGUGUUAAGUUCAGAAAUAAGGUUAGUCAUAUUGAUGUGAUCACAGCAGAGAUGGCCAAAGACUUUGUAGAAGAUGAUACUACACAUGGUUAAUUGGAAAAUACUGCCCACUGGUUUGGAAGAUGUGUAUAAUAAUGAGAUUCUCAUAUCCAGGAACUGUAAAUUUAAACCUAAAUAUUUGGUCAUUAUUAAUAGUUUUCAGACUUAAAGUAUACAUAGUCCUUUUAUAUUCCUGUCUUUGUAUUUUAUAAGAUACUCUGUAAUGUUACAUUUCUACUUAUAGUUUAAGAAUUUUAUUUCCUGCACAACUUUUUGUAAAGUGUCCUACUCUUGUUUUAAAUCUUUUGAAACAUGCUAAAUAUCCUUUCCUAAUUAUUUUAUCAGUUAUACUGCCUCUUUUUUUAUAGCUUCGAUUAAAUAAUUGGAUUUAUGACUAAU